AUGGCUGAUAUAAAGACAAUGUUCAACAAAAUAAACACUGCGGCCCAAAAUGGCACGGGCGAAGCGCCACCUGCCCCUAAGGCCGCCGGCAAGGGCACAAUAGAAAAGAUAUAUCAGAAGAAAACGCAGCUGGAACAUAUACUGCUUAGACCUGAUACGUACAUUGGAUCCGUUGAGCGGACCACUGAGACCAUGUGGGUCUUUGAUAAAUCUAAGGAGUGUAUGGUUCAGAAGGAACUGAGUUAUGUGCCAGGAUUAUAUAAAAUAUUUGACGAAAUAUUAGUAAACGCAGCUGAUAACAAGCAAAGGGACCCCAAAAUGGACGUAAUGAAAAUUGAUAUAAACCAGGAACAAAACACUAUAUCUGUUUACAACAAUGGCUGUGGUAUUCCUGUGGUGAUGCAUAAGGAUGAAAAAAUGUAUGUGCCCACAAUGAUCUUUGGCCAUCUAUUGACAUCAUCAAAUUACAAUGACGAAGAAGAAAAAGUUACAGGUGGUAGAAAUGGUUAUGGUGCUAAAUUGUGCAACAUCUUCUCCACAAAAUUUACUGUUGAAACUGCAUCAAAGCAAUAUAAGAAGCAUUUCAAGCAGACCUGGGGCUCUAACAUGACUAAAGCUUCCGAACCUAAGGUUAAGGAGGCUGGCAAGGAUGACGAUUUUACCAGAGUAACAUUCAGCCCUGAUUUAUCAAAGUUCAAAAUGGAAAAGUUGGAAGAUGACAUUGUUUCUCUUAUGUGUAGGAGAGCAUAUGAUGUUGCUAUGACAACAGCAGGUGUCAAGGUCUAUCUUAAUGGAGAGAGGCUAAAGAUAAAUAAAUUUAAAGACUAUGUAGAUUUAUACAUAAAAGGAAAAGAAGACGAGAAUGGGCAACCAUUGAAAGUAGUAUAUGAGAAAGUGAAUGAUCGGUGGGAGAUUGCUCUCACAAUCUCUGACAGAGGCUUCCAGCAAGUUUCAUUUGUGAACUCUAUUGCAACCACAAAAGGAGGUAAACAUGUUGAUACAGUAACAGACAGUAUUGUUAAAAAUAUUAUAGAAAUAUUGAAAAAGAAGAACAAAGGAGGAGUUAAUAUUAAACCUGUACAGGUUAAGAAUCAUAUGUGGUUGUUUGUAAAUUGUCUGAUUGUAAACCCAACCUUUGAUUCACAAACAAAAGAGUACAUGACAUUGCAAGCCAAGAGUUUUGGUUCUAAGUGCACUUAUUCAGAGAAAUUCAUAACGGCAGUGACAAAAUCUGGUCUAAUGGAGUCUGUACUAACUUGGGCUAAGUUCAAAGCCCAAACGGAGCUUGUUAAGGCAUCAGGAAAGAAACAGAGUAAGCUGAAAGGUAUACCAAAAUUGGAAGAUGCGAACGACGCAGGGACCAAGAAUGCACAUUUGUGUACACUCAUUCUUACUGAGGGAGACUCAGCCAAGACCUUGGCUGUAUCAGGACUCAGUGUCGUCGGCAGAGAUCACUACGGCGUCUUCCCCUUAAAGGGUAAACCACUUAAUGUAAGAGAUGCAUCACACAAGCAAGUAUUGGAAAAUGUGGAGAUUAACAACUUGAUCAAAAUUCUCGGUCUUCAGUACAAAAAGAAAUAUAACACCUUAGACGAUUUGAAAUCUUUAAGGUAUGGCAAAGUGAUGAUUAUGGCCGAUCAGGAUCAAGACGGAUCUCACAUCAAGGGUUUGAUCAUAAACUUCAUUCACCAUAAUUGGCCAGAACUAUUGAAACUGCCAUUCUUGGAAGAGUUUAUUACUCCAAUUGUCAAAGCUAAAAAGAAAGAUAAAGAAAUUUCAUUUUAUUCACUACCAGAAUUUGAAGAAUGGAAGAAUAAUACAGAGAACCAUCAUACAUACACUAUAAAGUACUACAAAGGUUUGGGUACCUCGACUUCAAACGAGGCUAAGGAAUACUUUCAGAAUAUGGAGCGACAUAGGAUUAAGUUUAAGUAUGGUGGCCCUACAGAUGACCAUCACAUAGAGUUAGCAUUUUCCAAGAAGGGUGCGGACCAACGUAAAGAAUGGUUGACCAACCACAUGGAUGAAGUGAAGAGGAGAAAAGAAAUAGGUCUUCCUGAAAGAUAUUUGUACACCAAGGACACAAAAGCGGUCUCAUAUUCAGAUUUUGUAAAUUUAGAGCUAGUACUCUUUUCCAAUGGUGAUAAUAUAAGGUCAAUUCCUUCCAUGGUAGACGGUUUGAAACCUGGUCAGCGAAAGGUUAUCUUUACAUGUAUAAAACGUAACGAUAAACGCGAAGUCAAAGUAGCUCAACUGGCUGGUUCAGUUGCGGAACAUUCUGCAUACCAUCACGGUGAGCAGUCCUUAGCUAUGACGAUAGUAAACUUGGCGCAAAACUACGUGGGCUCGAACAACAUCAAUCUCUUGGAGCCGCACGGCCAGUUCGGUUCGCGACUCAACGGAGGCAAAGACUCUGCGAGCCCCCGUUACAUUCACACCCUUAUGUCACCGCUCACGAGGCUUAUUUUCCACCCUCAUGAUGAUCCUUUACUUGUGCAUGACUUCGAAGACAAUCAGAAAAUUGAACCGAUCCAGUACAUCCCUAUCCUACCUAUGGUACUCGUAAAUGGCUCUGAAGGUAUCGGCACAGGCUGGUCCACCAAGAUACCUAACUACAAUCCAAGAGAUAUCUGUGAAAAUCUCAGGCGCAUGUUAGACGGAGAUGAGCCGAAGCCGAUGCACCCUUGGUAUAAAAACUUCCGAGGCACUAUCGAAGGUUUUGGAGAUAAAUACGUCAUAUCUGGAGAAGCAGCCAUCUUGCCUGGUGAAAAGAUUGAGAUCACCGAACUUCCAGUUGGCAUAUGGACCCAGAAUUAUAAGGAGAACGUAUUGGAACCUAUGCUUGGGACAGAUAAAGUGAAACCUUUAAUUUCUGAGUAUAAGGAUUAUAACACAGACACAACAGUCCGUUUUGUAGUGAGCCUUUUACCGGGUAAACUUGCUGAAGUAGAAGCUGAGGGUAUCCACAAAGUGUUUAAACUGCAGACCACUAUAUCCCUCACAUGUAUGAAUGCGUUUGACCAUAAUGUCUGUCUUAAAAAGUAUGAUAAAGUUGAAGAGAUUCUACGCGAUUUCUAUGAGCUAAGACUGAAAUAUUAUGCAAGACGAAAGGAAUAUCGCGAAGGGCAGUUACAAGCUGAGGCCGACAAGCUAUCAAAUCAGGCAAGAUUCAUCCUGGAGAAGUGUGAUAAAGGACUUGUGGUGGAAAAUAAAAAGAGGAAGGUCAUGGUUGAAGAACUCAUCAAGAGAGGCUAUGCUGCCGAUCCGAUAUCGGAAUGGAAGAGGCGCGCCAGUAAGAUGCAAGGGUUAAAUGCUAUUGAAGACGACCCAGAAGCGGAGUCUGAAGAUGAACCUGAACAACCACCACAGAACGAUAAGGGCAAACCUGUGGAUUCAGAGGCAGCAUUCCAGCAGCUUAAAGAAGUAAAGAAGUUCAAUUAUCUCCUGGGCAUGUCCAUGUGGAUGCUCACUAAGGAGAAGAAAGACGAACUGCUCAAACAGAGAGACCAGAAACUGAGUGAACUGAAUGCUCUCAAAGCAAAAACCCCUGCUAUGUUAUGGCGCGACGACUUAGAUGAGUUCUUGGUCAAAUUAGAAGAAGUUGAAGAGAAGGAGAGGCAGCAGGAACUCAAUGUUAAUAAGAAGACUGUCAAGGCUAAUGCUGCUAACAAAAAGAGUCGCAAGUCUCUAUUGGAUACCGCACCAUCCGAAAACGGUCGCAGAGUCGAGCCGAAGAUUUCGGAAGACCUGAUCAAGAGGAUACAAGCUGCCGAGAAAGCGAAGACCAGGAAGGAAAUAAAGAAGGAAUAUGAUCCGGAUGAUCCAACAGGAAUUAGUCCAACAAGCAAUGAGAAGAAGCCUAAGGCGGCUCGAGUUAAGAAGGAAAAGGCCGAGAAACCAGAGAAGGCUGAAAAGGCAGAGAAAGCUGAAAAGGGUGCUGGCGAUGGGUUAAAACAGACCAAACUUUCCUUCAAAAAAGAACCUAAGAAGGCCAAACGAAUGACGUUUAGUGGCAGUAGUUCAGAUGAGAUGUCUGGGUCAGACAUUGAGACAGUAGAACCACCUGCACCCCGGGAACGAGCCAAUGCUCGACGAGCUGCUACUAAGGUUCAAAAAUACAAAGACAGUGAUGAGUCUUCACACUCUGGGUCUGAAUUAGAAUUGUUGGACAACAAACUGGAGUCUGAUACUGAGGUGCAGCCAGCAAUAUCACUUAGUGACGAGGAGGAUGACUUCAAUGUCAAGAAAUCCGCCAGCAAAAAGCCUGCUGAAAUGGAUUCUGAUUGCUUAUUUGACUCUCUAAUCGAAGAUACAAAGAAAGAAGAAAUGGAGAAAGCCAAGAAUGGCUCACACCCUCCUGCCACAGUAUUGUCCAGUGAUGACGAACCGCCCGCCCCUCCUGACUCUCCUCCGAAGAAGAAGGCAGCGCCCAAACGGAAGCUAAUGAACGACGACAAACCUAAAGCCAAGAAGAGACCAGCUAAAGACAUCAUCAGUGAUGAUGAUGAUGACAGUAUAUUUGAUAGUAAAAAGGUAAAGGAUCAGAAGAAAAAGGCAGCGCCAAAAAAGAAACCCAAGAAAAAAGUGGAGAGUGAGUCAGAGCGACGAGUCCGACUCGGAUUAAAACUAGUGUUUAAGAUUCCAGUAUUGUGA